UUUCUCAACACACCACUGAGGGGGCUCUCUUGCCAACACAGACACAGAGAAAGACAGGGUUUGGAGAGAAGACAAGGGGAGAGGAGGAGGAGGACCCAGCCAUGUUUGCACACAAUCCGGCACACAGACUGGGUGCUUCUCCUGAAAAUGCACAGAAAGGCAAGAGAGCCAGGAUUGCUUAACUCAGCUAGGAUUUCCUGGGCUAUAUGAUCAGAGGCUGAGGAAUGCCAGAGCUAAUCGGAUCCAGAUGUGCCUACUUGCCAACCUUUUAUCCAAACGUUACCGAAGGGAGAUGCAAUGCUACUGACAAGAUUGCACUGGAUAUGGAUGUAGACUACAGACAAUCCCCCUAACACAAUACUGCAUAUUUCUUAGUGGAGAUUUCUGGGAACAAUGAGAGUUCAAUUCAAGGCUGAUGCCAUUUGCACACUCGUCCUCGUGGUCGUCCUUUUCACCAUACUUUAUUCUCAACUGGGCCACACUUCCCUUAGAGAAGAAAAGGCGAAAGGUCAGAAGCCACCAUUAGUGGCGACUCGUAGGGUCUUCCACGUUCCCAUCGCCCUGCAGAAACAGACUGCAGUGCAGAAGGCCAAAAUGAUUUCUUCAAUGAAACCUGGCGAGGGCGGAAGCCAAGAUGCCAUGCUCACUACUCUGCCCCCCUCGACGCAGCCUGCUUUUGAUUUUAAGCGUUACCUGAGGAACAAAGACAACCGGAAGUUUGACCUUCUCAUUAACCAGCCAAAGAAAUGCAAGAGGAACCCAGGGGGCCCCUUCUUGCUCAUCGCCAUAAAGUCACUGGUAGAGGACUUUGACCGCCGGGAGAUUGUACGGAAAACUUGGGGAAGAGAAGGGCUGGUCAAUGGGGCGCAGGUGCAAAGGGUUUUCCUCCUGGGGGUCCCAAAGAACAAAACGGCGCUGCCAGCGUGGGAGAGUCUUGUUCAUCAGGAGAGCCAGAUGUAUCGAGACAUCUUGUUGUGGGACUUCCUUGACACUUUCUUCAAUUUGACCUUGAAGGAGAUACAUUUCCUAAACUGGGCUCAUGAGUUUUGUUUCAGUACUAAGUUCAUAUUCAAAGGCGAUGCCGACGUCUUCGUCAACGUGGAAAACAUUGUCAACUUCCUGGAGAGGCGUGAUCCAUCCGAUGACCUAUUUGUUGGGGACAUCAUCUAUAAUGCGCACCCAAUCCGAAUCCGCAAGAGCAAAUACUACAUUCCGGAGACCAUGUAUGGGCUCAGCAUGUAUCCAGCCUAUGCUGGGGGUGGCGGGUUCUUACUUUCCAGCAGCACCAUGAAGAAACUCUCUCAGGCUUGUGGGGAGGUAGAACUCUUUCCUAUUGAUGAUGUCUUCCUAGGCAUGUGCUUACAAAGAAUCAACCUGAAGCCCACCAUGCACGAAGGGUUCAAGACAUUUGGAAUAACCAAGCCCUCUGCUGCUCCAAACUUGCAGACCUUUGAUCCUUGUUUUUACAAAGAUCUCAUGGUAGUCCACAGCCUGAAGGGAGCUGAAAUCUGGCUAAUGUGGAACCUGCUGCACAACCCACGGCUCUCUUGCACCCAAAAGAAGCAUGUAAAGAAGGCUUUCCGGUGGAAAAUCAAAACUAAAGAGCCUACCAAAGAUUAUGCGACAUAAGGAUUGACUUGCAUGAGUGAAGGAACAUCACACAGGCCUAGCACUGCUGAUGCGACUUGCACAUCAUCCGACAUUGCUUGAAACCUAGGUACAGUGUUUUAGGCGGAGAUAUCAAGUGAUGGAAAUGCUUGUUUAAGCCAACCCUAAUUUCUGCAGUUGUAUUAGUGGUGAAAAUAUAUGGAGUGGAAUCCAAUGUAGUUCCCUUUGUUUGCUCACAAUGAGUUUGCAAUCACAGAAGCAGCCCUUAGGAACAUAGGGGCGAAGCAAGCUGUCUUCUACGAAGUCCGACCAGUGGUUCCUCUAGUUCAGUACUGUCUACACUUAACAAGCAUAACUCCCAGAGGUCCAAACAUACGAAAUACAUAUGCUCAGAAUAUGCUCAAAGAAAGACUGCAAAAUUCACCCAUGCAA